GUUCUGCGGGGAGGGGGCGGCGGCCGCCGUGCUCUGCCUCUCCUACGGCCACUCCGACGACCGCUUCUGGCUGGCGCUCACCGUCUUCUUCGUGCUCUGCCCCUCCGUCCUGGUGCAGCUCACGCUCAUCUUCGUGCACCGCGACCUCAGCCGCGACCGCCCGCUCGUCCUGCUCAUGCACCUGCUGCAGCUCGGGCCCAUCAUCAGGUGUGUGGAGGCCCUGCUGGUGUACUGCUGGUCAGGGAGGGAGGAGGAGCCCUACGUCACCAUCACCCGCAAGCGGCGGCUGCAGAAGGGCUACGAGGUGGAGAUGGAGCAGGAGGUGGGGCACUCGGAGCGGCGGCUGGCCACGCACCGCAACGCCUUCAAACGCAUGGCGGUCAUCCAGGCCUUCCUGGGCUCCACCCCGCAGCUCACCCUGCAGCUCUACAUCAGCGUCCUGGAGAAGUACGUCCCUGUGGCCCGAGCCGUCCUCAUGGCCAUCUGCCUGGUGUCAGUCACCUACGGAGCGCUGGUCUGCAACGUCCUGGCCAUCCAGGUCAAGUACGAUGACUACAAGGUCCAGCUGCGGCCACUGGCCUUCCUGUGCAUUGUGCUGUGGCGCAGCCUGGAGAUCUCCACCCGCAUCGCCGUCCUCGUGCUCUUCAGCACCGUCUUCAAGCACUGGAUCAUCCCCAUCGCCCUGGCCAACCUCCUGGUGGUCUUCUUCCUGCCCUGGGUGCAGUUCUGGCGCAGUGGCAGCCGCCUGCCUGACAACAUCGAGAAGAACUUCAGCCGCCUGGGCACGGUGGUGGUGCUCUGUGCCUUCACCCUCCUCUACUCCAGCAUCAACAUGUUCUGCUGGUCGGCUGUGCAGCUCAAGCUGGCUGACCGGGACCUCAUCGACAAGUCACAGAACUGGGGCCGCCUGGCCGUGUACUACGUGGCCCGGCUGGUGGAGAACACGGCCCUCGUCAUCCUCUGGUACUUCUUCAAGACUGAUGUCUAUGAGAACGUCUGCACCGCCCUGCUGGUGCUGCAGCUGCUCCUCGGCUACUGCCUGGGCAUCUACUUCAUGCUCCUCUUCUUCCAGUACCUGCACCCCUGCCGCCAGCUCUUCCGGCACAACGUCGCUGACUUCCUGCACUGCGUGUGCUGCCGCCGGCACACGGCAGGGACCCCUCUGUGCCUCGAGGCGCCCUUCGAGCCGGGUGUGAGGCACAGCAUUGUCUGAGCACCCUGCUCCUCCAGCCAGCUACGGACACGGGGACGGGCAGCGCAGGGCUGCGCCGGCAGCCGGGGGAUGCUUGUGGCACGGGCCAAGUGCCACGGUCCUGCGGUGGCAGCGGGUCCCGGUGCAUCCCCACGGUGGCAGGGGGGUGCUUGCCCGCUCAGGACCACUCAUGAACACGAAGGAGGGUUGAUUUGGAUUGGACAUAAGGAAGUUUUUUACAGUGAGAGUGGUGAGGGACGGGCACACGUUGCCCAGAGAGAUGGUGGAUGUCCCUUUCCUGAAAACACUUGAGGCCAGGUUGGAUGGGCUCUGAGCAACCUGGCCUAGUUGAAGAUGUCCCUGCCCAUCUCUGGAGCUGAACUCAAUGGCCUUUAGAGGUCCCUUCCAACCCAAACUAUUCUACGGUUCUACAGUUCUAUGACUUACGGGGUGGCCAAAGCAGUUGCCCCUGCAGGCUGGCUGUCCCUGGGGUGCCCCCACUGCUGCUAUGGUGACAGGGUGACCUCGGGCCAUGGGUGCCACUGGGACUGUUUUAAGCAGUAAAGAAACGUUGCUGUG